AAUGCAGAGAGUAAACAAAACUAAAUGGAAAGGAUUUCAAGUUGAAUUUCUUAUGCAUGCAAAUUCGCGAAAAUUGUUCAAAAGCGAAAUCCUGAAAGGAAUAUGAAAAAGUCGAAAGUAGAUCCGAUAGGAAUUUUCAAGCAGGUUCAGUUUUUCUUGUAAGAAAACACUGAAUUUUUUUCUUAUUAGCAAAAUAUAUCAAAUAUUCGUUACCGUUAAUUAAAAAAUAAACAGUGGAGGAAGCGAAAUCGUAUAUUAGUGUUUUCUCGUUAUAAAUUUAGCAGUUUAGCAACACAACUAUCGAAAUGAAUAAUCUGGAUCACGUAAAAAAUUUUUAUCCUGAAAAUUAUAAAUUGGAUCUGUCGGAAACAAUGAAGGCAGCGCUAUCAAAGGGUCCAGGUGGUGUUGGAGUUGGCGUUGGAGUAGGUGGUCUGGGUGGUGGGGGCGGCGGAGCAGGCAGUGCUGGUAGUAGUGGUGGUGGACAUGGCAUGGGUGCGGCUGUAUCUCAUGGUGAAAUACAAACUGGCGGCAGUACCGGUAUUCCAGGUGUUGGAUACGUAACGGAAAAGCUGUAUAUGCUCUUACAGCUAUACUUGCAAAACAAGGGAUGGAAUCCAAGUGCCGAAUUGUUACAAUGUUUUACGGAUCUCAAAGAUAAUGCUAUGUUACCCAGUGCUGCCUAUCUACAAGUUCUGGCCAAUCGCUUGACUUUGGACGCACAAGGCCGUUUAAUAUUGCGUGAGAACGGCAAAAUUGUCCUACCAUUUGAACAUUUUGCCAACGCUGUAAUGCUUAAGCAUAUGUCUGGUCCACAUGGAUUACAUUUGAGUGUUGAAGCGACGGUGCGUGCAGUGAUUGAAUCUUACACAAUUGGACGCGAAAAUUUCGGUAUGGAAAAGGAAUUCAUCAUAGAAGUUGUACAGUCUUGUCCCAGUCCUGCUUGCCGUUAUUAUAAAAAUCAUCUUGGUAUGUCACCAUUGCCAUUCAUGGACCAGCAAUUUCCGGGUGUGAAUCACGCAGAUUUUCUACAACAUUUGCCACACUUGCCCCCACCACCACCACAUUCCAUGGUUCCUGGAUCAACAAAUAGUGGUGUCUCAUCUGCAGGCUCUUCAUCCUCCGGUGGGGGCAGUAGCAGUAUUGCUAGUUCUUCUGUUGGUGGUUCCGUUAGUGCAGGCGGAGAAGUUGACUUAACAAAAAGCUCAACAGCAUCACACUCAUCGACAGGGAAAGUGCCAGUCGUACCGAGUCAACUUCAAAUGCUCACAAAGCAGCAGCAAAACAGUAUACAAUCUCAAUUAUCGCAACUUAGUGCAGCUGCUGCAGCAGCAGCUCACCAUCAACAGCAACAACAACAAGCAGCUGCUGCUGCGGCUGCUGCUGCCGCCGCUAAGCAACAACAACAAGCACAAGCGGCCGCUGUAGCGCAGCAACAACAGCAACAGCAAUUGACGGCCGCACUGCUACAGCAACAACAAAGUCGGGCGUUAGCUCAACAAAGUUUGGAAAAAUUCAAUAACUUGAGCGCUUUGGAGAAGCAACGCGUGCUACAACAAUUAGACCCCAAACAUUUCGAUCCAAUGGCAGUAGCUGCAGCUGCGGCCAAUCUACAAAUGCAGGGCAUUAAUGAUUUUCGGGUUGCUGCCAUUGCCGCUGCAGCUGCACAGGCAGCUGGCGGUUCUCCUAUGUUGCCAUCAGCUUCCACUGCUGCAUGUGGUGGUGCACCGAUUACUAGCAGCAGUGCCCUAAACAGCGGUAAUAGCGGUAUGACCGGAAGUGGAAAUAACAGUCAUAACGCUACCGGAAUUGGAAAUUUAAGCGGAACUUCCGUUUUGCCAUCAACGAUUAGUGGCAUGAACAACAGUGCUGGCAGCAAUAGCAGCGGCAGUAGUGCGGGACACAAUCCCGUUAACAACUCAAGUACCAACAACAUCAUUGGUGUAAGCGGGAGUAUUGGCAGCAAUAAUGCUCAUCAUAGCCACCAAUUGCCGCCGCCAUCGCAAUCGCCUAGUGCCCACUCCAGUCACUCGUCGUCAUCAUCGUCAUCGCACUCCACUGAGCAAAUUGUUCAGAAAAAUGUAGAACUAUUGCGCUCCAAUUUGGAAUCUAUUGAAUCGAAUAAGGACUUGCUGGCAUUACAUAAUGGCGCCUGGACUGUGCCAGAUAAUAAUCGCGACCCUUUACCAGUGGGCCAGGAUAAAAUAGUUCGUAUUUUUACCGAGCUCAUGAGAAAUAUGGCGCGCAUGAAGACCUAUAUACGUCCGUCUAUGUGCAAACCAUAUGGCAAGCAAAGUGAGAGCUUACAAAAAACACUUUUGGAUACAAUUCAAAUUGUACAAACCUUACGCAAUUGCUUGCCAGCGCCACACAUCCCGGUGUCAUCGUGGAAAAGCGAAAGUGAGGGCAACACUGGUUUAAUAACUACAAAUAACGGGUCGGUAGGUAAUACCGGUAACAACAUAAUGGGUGGCGUUGGCGCUGGUUUAAUGGUGGCUAACAGAGUGGAAAAUUUGACCAACUGAACGUAAGCAAAACAUUUCGUUUUCUCAUUUUAUAUUUUCGUUUAAACAUUUUAAGGUCUUUUGUGUUUUGCUCUACACCUUUUAUGAGAGAAAGGUUGCCCAAAAAAAUUAAUUUUGAGAUUAUUAUGUACAAAAUUCAACGCUAAUCUUCAGCGAGAUCUACUCUUAGAAAUUUUUGUUUGUUAUUUCAGAAAUUCAUAAAUCGUGAUUUUAGUAAUUUUAUUAAGUGUUCAGUUCCUUUUUGUUUAAACUACAAUGUUUUGUGUGUUUUUAAACUAUUUUACAAAUAUUAAUUAAAACUCGCAAGCCAAGAACAAGACUGAAACAUAAAGAGACUUGGUACUAAUAGCAUAGAAAGGAAUAUGGUUGGUGUAGAGAUUGUUUCAUUAGUAUUAUCAUAUCUCAACUCAAGCUUUGUAGAAGCGUUUAAAAGUUUUAAAAGAAAAGGCAUUUCAAAAUCGUUCCGACAUUAAUUCACAGUAGUUUUAGCCAAAAACUCUUAACACUCUUUAAUGCUUAUGCUAUAUAGAUGUUAGAUUAAGUGCACAAUUGAUUUAGCAUAUGCUGUCUUUCUUUAGUUAUGUAAGUGUAAAAUCGAAUUCUAUAAAAAUGAAAAUAACGCACUAUUCGCAUAUUUAUUAAGUAAUAAUAAAAACAAAAAAUAAUAAUUAAACCUAUCUUAUUAAUCAAUGUGUUGUAGUGUCAAACGCAGAUAAUAUUUUAAACUAAAAAAUGCGCAAAGGUUUUUAAAAUCGUCAAGUAGGCACAUGUGCAAUUUCAACAUAAAUGUUGAUAAAAGUAGAUUUAAUCGAAAUACAUACCCACUAACAUACAUACAUAUAUACUAACAAAUAAGAUGUUAAAUAAUUCACUUCCACAUAGUAUAAACGGCUUGCAAUAAUUAAUCAAAAAUAUAUAACGAAUUGGUGCCAUGCAGUGCACAAUAUGUAUUAAUUAAAAUCUAUUAUAGCGUUGUGAAGUAAACAUUUUAGUUUUUCUCUUCAAAAUAUAUUAGUAAGUGCCAUGUUUUGAAAUUUAAAGCAGACUUUUUUUAUUAAUACAAGUAUGUGUAUUCUAAAAUAUUUUAAAUGUUCCUUUUAUUAAUUGAUUAUGUUAAUUAACGUAUCAUUUAAUAAGCGUAUACUAAUUUAUGAUUUUUUAUUUGUUUCAAAUGUGUUAUGAACUAAAAACAAAUUGCCAGUACGUAUAAUUAUUUUUUUUUGUUUCGUAUAAAUUCAAUGGUAAAUAAAUCGAAAAUUUUUGGCGAAAACUGUGAUACACGAAAUUCUAUUUUUUAUAUUUUCUCUUAUUACUAACAUACAGACCAGCUGUGUAUAUAAAUGUUAUUUAUAAUAUAAACAAAUUACUUUUGUAAUUUUUUUGUAAUAUUACUUCUAAAAAUAUUUAUUUUGUAAGCGCAACAAAUGUCACAAACACAUUAAAUGCAUCAUAUCAUCAUUAAAGUUUCGUUAACCGUAAGUUAUACAGUUAUUAUGCAAAUAUUUUUUUUACUUUAUUUAUUUAUAAUAAUCUGCAGUAAAAAAGUUAAAAAAAUAAAAUAAAUUUUAAUGCUACAAUUUUAAUACAUAAACUAUUCCUAUACUCCGACAUUCAUAGUUUAAACGAGCAAAGCGCACUUUCAUUUAAUUUUUUAUUUGUUUUUUUGCUUUUAAAUUAAAAUCUAGUGUUAGUUCAGCCGCAUAUUUCUUAUUAGGUACCUAAAAACAAAAUAUUUGACAUAAAAUUAUG